AUACUGAUAACUAUUGCUUAUCAAUGAUUACAAUACAAUAUUCAACACAUUUUAAUUAAGUUCUUAAAUCAGUUUUAUUACACCUGUAAUAUGACGCUGUUCGUUAUUUCAGCCCUGUGCUUCACGGCUGUGAUUGCACAAGAUGUGAUCAUCAGUAAGCUGGGGAACGACCUUCGUUAUCAGUAUGUCCAGGGGGGUGACGCCGUCACCCUGGAGGACACGUGGCUGACGCAACCGAUGCUCCGAGAUGGUGAUAUCGAUAGUGGAUCAAUCGGUUAUUGGCCACCUAGGGACAAUGAGUUCCAUCUGUUUACUAGGGCAAACCCAACAGUGAGCCAGCCGCUUGUCUACAACAAUGAGAACGUGUUCGCAGCCUCCAAUUUCAGCCCUAACAGACGCACAAUACUACUGCUCCACGGUUAUAGAGGAUCAGCGACAUCGAACUCUAAUCUAGUUCUGAUACCUGCGUACCUCAGCGCAGACGAUGUGAAUGUGGUGGUAGUGGACUGGAGCCGGGGCGCCAACAUCGGCACCGCCCUCGCCGGGAUCUAUGCUUCUUGGUCUAGUCUGUUCACUGCAUUCUUCACUCUGUGGCUGAGCAAUGUAUCCGGCCAGCCGCUGAACCAGUUCACACUGGUCGGGUUUGGACUUUCCGGACUUAAGGUCGGACAAAUUGGCAGAUUGCUGGAGAGGAAUGUUGGACAUGUUGUUGCUUUGGACCCCACUUUCGGCCCCCGCAUACACGAACUCAUCCCCCAAGUUCGCCCCGACGAUGGCAUCCACACAGAAGUUGUCCACACUAACGUUGGAAAUUUGGGGUUCAUCAGGCCCAUGGGCAACGUGGACUUCUACCCUAAUGGAGGCAUCAACAUGGCUGGUUGUGGACGAGACGACGAUUGCGAUCAUAACAGGGCCUAUUUCUACUGGGCGGAGUCCCUGACGAGCGGAGGCUUCACAGGAGUUCAGUGCGAGGACUUCGAGGAAGCCCUAAAUCAGGAGUGCCGAGGACCAGCCACUGCGCAAAUGGGUGGAGUCGUCCCAAGAACUGGUACCAGGGGCGUAUUCUCUUUCGAAACCAACCCGGCGCCGCCUUUCUCUCGUGGCUAAACUUUUUUUGACGUGACAACGUCUUAAAUUAGGUUGCGGCUGGGAGUCACUUAUGAAAAAGUGUAACGCCCGGUAACGUUACGAUGAGUCACCGAACGAGAGAGAGGCCCGCCGAAUGCCUUGCGUCUCUCUCCCACUCAACUAUGAUCGGUCUGCCGCGCGCGUAAAAAGACGUUGUCACGUAAAAUCUUCGCCCGUAAAACCGACUUUACAGGCAACCAUUUUUUUUUUAUCAAAUUGUAUUGAUAAACGUUUUGAAUCAAAUUUAAGUGUUUUUUUAAUGUACAUUUUAACUGAUUAAAUUUUUAAAAGUUUU